UCCUUGUUUACUACAAACCAAAAAAUCCGAGUCAGUGUGUGCGCCAAGAACAACAAUACCAGAAGGAAAAAAAAAAAAGAAAAAAAAAGCGAAAGUUGAAUCUCAUCUGAAAUCAAAUCCAUCAUCGAAUCGAUGCGGUGCUGAUACUAACCUCACCCUAACGACGUCGUUUAUCAAUCAAUCAAUCGCUAAUCCAAUCUCCACCAAAUGCCACAUUAUUUAUUAUUAUUGUUAUUCAUGUAACGAUCCACAAAUCACGAUUCAUUCAACAACAAUAAUAUAAAAUAAUGCUAUUCGGAAAAAAAAGCGAUCCGGUCGUGAUUUGAUUUCAUUUUGUAUCUAUAUCUAUAUAUUUCUGUUUUUAAUUAAUACAUAUAUUAUUAUAUUUCAAUUAAUAAUUAAUAAUUAAAAAGAAGAGGAAAUGAACGGUGGAGAUGCAACGGCAGCUCCGGCGCCGCUUGACUGGAAAUUCUCUCAGGUAUUCGGUGAACGUACCGCCGGUGAAGAAGUUCAGGAAGUUGAUAUCAUUUCAGCAAUCGAGUUCGACAAAAGUGGUGAUCAUCUUGCAACUGGUGAUCGUGGGGGCAGGGUGGUAUUAUUUGAGAGAACAGAUACAAAGGAGAAUGGUGGAAGUAGAAGGGAUUUAGAAAAGACUGAUUAUUCCUCAAAUAGGCAUCCGGAGUUUCGCUACAAAACUGAGUUCCAGAGCCAUGAACCUGAGUUUGAUUAUUUAAAGAGUUUGGAGAUUGAGGAGAAAAUUAACAAAAUUAGAUGGUGUCAAACAGCUAACGGUGCCCUUUUUCUUCUGUCAACUAACGAUAAAACUAUUAAGUUUUGGAAGGUCCAAGAGAAGAAAGUCAAGAAAGUUGCAAACAUGAACAUGGAUACUUCCAAAGCGGCUGGACAGAGCAUAACUGCCAGUUCUAGUGUUUCUACCAGUACUAACUCAUCCCUUGCAAAUGGGGGAUGCAAAGAUAAAUCUUCCUCUAAUUUGAGUUAUGACUUCAAAUUUCCUCCAGGAGGCAUCGCAUCACUACGUCUACCUGUGGUGACUAGUUAUGAGACCAGCCUUGUUGCCAGAUGUAGAAGAGUGUAUGCUCACGCACAUGACUACCAUAUCAACUCUAUCUCAAACAACAGUGAUGGUGAAACAUUCAUCUCGGCUGAUGAUCUUCGCAUAAAUCUUUGGAAUUUGGAAAUUAGCAAUCAGAGUUUCAACAUCGUGGAUGUUAAGCCUGCAAACAUGGAGGAUCUUACUGAGGUGAUUACAUCCGCCGAGUUUCAUCCUACUCAUUGUAGCACUCUAGCUUAUAGUAGUUCAAAAGGAUCCAUCCGUCUCAUUGAUUUACGUCAGUCCGCAUUAUGUGAUAAACAUUCCAAACUGUUUGAGGAACAUGAAGCACCUGGUUCGAGAUCAUUCUUCACUGAGAUAAUAGCUUCUAUAUCUGAUAUAAAAUUUGGAAGGGAUGGAAGAUAUAUACUUAGUCGUGAUUACAUGACCCUUAAGCUAUGGGACAUCAACAUGGACUCUGGUCCAGUUUCAACGUUCCAGGUGCAUGAAUAUCUAAGGCCUAAGCUCUGUGAUUUAUAUGAAAAUGAUUCCAUUUUCGAUAAAUUUGAGUGUUGUCUUAGUGGUGAUAGCCAGCGAGUGGCAACUGGGUCUUACAGUAAUUUAUUCCGUGUGUUUGGGUGCGGUUCUGGCAGUACUGAAGCUACAACUCUGGAAGCUAGCAAAAACCCAAUGAGGAGACAAGUGCAGACUCCUUCAAGACCUUCCAGGUCCCUAAGCAGCAUAACACGGGCAGUUAGACGAGGAGGUGGAGAGAACCCAGGGGUUGAUGCAAAUGGGAAUUCAUUUGAUUUCACAACGAAGCUGCUCCAUUUGGCAUGGCAUCCUAGUGAAAAUUCCAUUGCUUGUGCUGCUGCAAACAGCUUGUACAUGUAUUAUGCCUAAAGAAAAAGAAUCGUCCAGUAAUAGUGUAACCCAUAUGAUGGCUUCUUUCUCGGAGCAAACUCAACAGGCCAAACAUGCAAAUGCUAGAAACGGUCAAGUAGAGCCACGAAAAACAAGGCAUCAUUCCUUUUAUUUUUUGUUGUUUUAAAGUAACUGUUGUUUUUUUGAUGUAUUUGGGUUGAAGUGAGGAAGAAAGAUUCAAACUGUAGCUCUCCUACAACCUUUAAAGCAUAUGUCGCACCUAGGGUCUUAAGUUAAAGAUGUAGUUUUAGCUCUUUUUUCUUAUGUUUAUAUAUUAAUUCUGUUACCAUAUACAAUUGUUUAUUUUAUUAAAAUUUUCUUACAUUUA